GAUCGACUCAGACGGUCUUUCGGCGUCGGCGUCAUUCGUUCGUUGUUUGAGUCGUUUGCGCGAAGAAGACGCGCGAUCGAGUACUUUGAGCUUAAGGUGCAAGUUCUACGUUGUAACGGCACCUUGAUAGAGAGUGAAAUAAAAAAGGAAAACCGAAAACAGAUGCAAAAGUGUGUUGUUGUUUUUUGAGAAAUUGUAGUGACCGUGCUCGAGGAUCCUCACUUCCGGAAGUCGAGGUAAUUGAUCGCCGUGGUCGUUGCUCUACAACGAUUUGCGGGACCCGCUGCCGAUCCAGCGGAACUGUUCUCGCAAGAAUUCAAAGCUGCACUGGGCUGCUGGUUGUCUAUCUGGUCAAAGUCGGUGUCUCGAGGACAACGUGUUCUCGCGAUCACUUGAUCAACGAUCGAAAUAGAAAAUCCAGGUGCAAUUGCCUCGGCGUCAAGUGUGUGUGUGUGUAGUGGCCUCAGUAGUGCCAAGAUAUCACAUUCGCCGAGAUCAGAGCUAAACCGCAGCUAGAAGUGGCGAAACGGUAACAAAGAAAGUGAGCAUCGCCCGUCUGAACUACGGUGGUUGUAUUGAUGCCAAAAUAAAGUGCCGUGAAGAGUGUAGUGUGUCUACACGCCGGUCAGCAGGUCGUCGGAACCUGGCUUCCCGCAGUAGUGAUUCGGCGGUAUUGUGCUAUGAGCAGUGUCGCAAUACGUCCCCGCAGGAACAAGUCUCGCAAUCCACGCCAACGACAACAGCAACAACAAACCCGCCAAAACGCCCACCCCGAAGACGAUCGUCGAGCGGAACCCAGUCCGCUCAGGCCACCAGCAGCAAGACGACGGCACACGCCAAGAUCAACCAAGCCAUGCUGGACACCAGCGCCAACGGCCAAGGCGGCAGGAAAAAGAGGUGAGAUUCAGAAAUGGUUCCAUGUCCGUGUGGAGCACUAGCACGGCCGGAAUCGACACCGUACUUGCGACAACAUUGGGCGCGGCAGCCCUCAGUAACGCGAAAACCUUCAGCACAACCCACCUGCCGAGCAGCGGAGGCGCGCUGGUCGUGACGCAGAUUCCCAACGGAACCACCAACCACGGCCAUCAACUUCAGCCCCAGCACCUGCACCAUCACCACUUCAUCACCAGCAACAACAAUCUCAACGGAGCCGCGUCCCUGAACCACAGCCAUCAGCACCUGCUCGGCAGUGGGAACCACCUGGCCACGGUGACGACGAGUUCCGGCGGAGGAGUCCCCGGGAGCAGUCACAGCACCAGCAGCAACAACAGUCACAGUCAUUCCCCGCCGAGCCACGGUUCGCUGCACAACGCCGUCGGAGCCGGCCUGCAGCAGUCGUCGGUGGCCUGGAACCGGACCAGUAUUUGCAGCACGCACAAUAAGCGACGUUCCGCGCUCAGCACAAUGUCCCAGCAGGGCGAUGAGUACAACUCGCCCAACUACCUGUCCUGGCGGAAGCUGCAGCUGAGCCGGGCCAAGCUGAAGGCGUCCAGCAAGACGUCGGCGCUGCUGUCCGGAUUUGCCAUGGUCGCCAUGGUGGAGGUCCAGCUGGACGAAAAGACGAACGUCCCACCGGCCAUGUUGAUUGCGUUCGCCAUCUGCACGACGCUCCUCGUCGCCGUCCACAUGCUCGCCCUCAUGAUCAGCACGUGCAUCCUGCCGAACAUCGAAACCGUGUGCAAUCUGCACAGCAUCUCCCUCGUCAACGAGUCCCCGCACGAGCGCCUCCACUGGUACAUCGAGACGGCGUGGGCCUUCUCGACGCUGCUCGGGUUGAUUCUGUUCCUGCUGGAGAUUGCCAUCCUGUGCUGGGUCAAGUUUUACGACCUCAACACGACCGCCGCCUGGUCCGCCUGCAUCGUCCUCAUCCCCGUGCUGGUCGUGUUUGUCGCGUUUGCGUUCCACUUUUACCGCUCGCUCAUGACGCACAAGUACGAGGUGACCGUGUCCGGGAUCCAAGAGCUGGAGAUGCUCAAGGACAAUCUGGACCAUCAGCAUCACCACGGGCCACCGUACCAGUCGGUGCAGAUCGUUUGAGGACCGCCCGGAGGGCGACACUGUGAUUGUGAUUUCCAAAAUCUUCUGUUAUCUUCUUUUUUUUGCUGUUAUAGCUCACUUGACGUAGACAUUUAGAAAGUCUUGUUUUCCCCUUAAGUUUAUCUCAGUAUCGCGCAACCUUCCCACCCAAACCAACCACUAUUUCUCCACUAGUUCUCUAAACAAACUUAUUCUUAAGUAAAACUAAAGUAUCCCCAACUACUCACCUUGACCACAAAUCAAACACCCAACACUAACAAUGUAAUUAAGCGCUUAAAAUCGUAAUAAAAAAAAGUGAACGAAAGACAUACCUACAUUACAAGUAAACUAAAUAUACUAGCUAGUGUUAUUAAAUAAACAAUAAUUUAGGGAAUCAGCAUGAGACGAAUGAGGCGUGAAAUUUUUGUUAAACGAACACAAACACACCAACCUAAUGUAAAAACGAGCGCAGGUUAUCUUAACAGUUGACGAACUUUUGUUUUGUAUAAUUUUGAACUUUUUGCUAGGAGGAGACUGUGACCUGCGAUUGUAUAUUCUGUAUAAAAGUUCUCCUACAUCGCAUGAAUUCACUAAUUGUGUAAAAUAAACGAUAAUAAAAACUACCUUUUUUAUAAGAAA